GCGCCGGUACUUUCCGCCUUCCUCCCCGUGCCCUCUCCGGAUUGGGGAAUGAGGCAGAUAUCUGAUUGGGAAUUGAAACAACAUUAGGCGGGGCUGGACAAUGGGACCAAUCAGAAAUGGCCGCCCCACCAUUCCUCCCGAAGGUAUAAGAGGCCGCAAUGUGGGCGGAGUGCAGCAUUCUCUGUGAAAGUGCUUGUGAGUUUGUGACCAUGUCGGGAAGAGGAAAGGGCGGUGGGAAAGCUCGCGCCAAGGCGAAGUCUCGGUCGUCCCGGGCUGGCCUGCAGUUCCCGGUGGGCCGUGUUCACAGGCUCCUGAGAAAGGGUAACUAUGCUGAGCGUGUGGGUGCCGGAGCGCCGGUCUAUCUGGCUGCGGUGCUGGAGUAUCUGACGGCUGAGAUCCUGGAGCUGGCCGGCAACGCGGCCCGGGACAACAAGAAGACCCGCAUCAUCCCCAGGCACCUGCAGCUGGCCGUGCGCAACGACGAGGAGCUCAACAAGCUGCUGGGAGGGGUGACCAUCGCUCAGGGCGGGGUGCUGCCUAAUAUCCAGGCUGUGCUGCUGCCCAAGAAAACUUCCGCUGCUGGAUCUGCUAAAAAGUGAAGAGACGUUCCUUGAAUCUGACAACCCAAAGGCUCUUUUAAGAGCCACUCACAGCAUCUGUGAAAGGAGCUAAACACACCUCUGUCGGAUUGAAUUACCUUCAGUUAAUUGAUAUAGGUGUCAGUCCCUGCCUUAUUCGAUAUUGUACUGUGUGUGUGAUCUGAUUUGAAACCUUUCCUGAUGGCCGUUCACCGUCUGAGCCGUAGCGCAAGGAGCCUGAAAAGUUAAUCAGGAAAUGCUUUUUCCCGAAACAUCGAUUUUCCUGCAUCUCGGAUGCUGCCUGAACUGCAUCACUCUAAUUUCCAGCAUCUGCAAUACCCACCUCUGCCAAACAGAAGUGCCCUAUCCUUGAAUUCCACGGAAAGAUUAAUUUUACAGUUAAAUUUCCAUACACCGAGGGUGUAUUUUGAUUGCACAGUGCUCUGAAUGAGACUUUCUGCUGUCGUUUCGAAGCUUUCAAAAUGAACUGAGAUCAAACUAGAACAGUUGCCUCCCUGCAAGGGUCAGCCAAAUAGCACAGAAACAGAUCCUUCCAUCCAACCAGUCCAUACCCAAUAUAAUCUCAAGCUAGACAAGUCCCACCUGCCUGUUCUUGACUCAUAACCCUCCAAAAUCUUAACAAUGAUAUACUUAUCCAAAUGUCUUUUCAACGUUGUGACUGUGUCCAUAUGCAUCACCCCCUUUCGAAGUUAAUUCCACACAAUCUAUGCUGUUUUUUAAAAAAAUUCUCUUAAAAUCUUUUUGCUUUGACCUUAAAAAUGUGUCUCAUAGACUUGCAGUCUUUUACCAUCGAAAAAGAUACCUACCAUUCCCCUUACCUUUAGCCCUUAUGAUUGUCAAAACUCUAUCACCCAUCAAGAUCUUAGGCUCCACAGAACAGAAGUCCCAGCCUAUUUUAAAACGGAAUCUUCCAUUCCAUCAACAUCUAGUAAAUCUUUUCUGAACCCUUUCCAGCUCAAUACUUUUGAUAACAGGGUGACCAGAACUUGAUAUGGUAAUCCAGAAGAGGACUCAUCAACAUCCUAUACAACCUCAAUACGACCUUCCAACUCCUGUACUCCAAGGUCUGAGCAAUGAAGGCAAGCAUGCUAAAUGUUUUUUUCACCACAUUGUCUACAUGUGAAGCAAACUUCAAAAAUAUGCAGCUGGCCAACUAGGUCUCUCUGUUCAGCAGCACUACCCAAGGCCCUACUUGUAAUUGUGGAUGUCCUACCCUUUGUUUUGUAAAUAUGCAAUGCCUCAAUAACUCCAUCUGCCAUUCUCAUGCCUUUGACUGAUUUAAUCAAACUUUGCUUCUAAUCUGAGAUCGCCUUUUCUGUCCACUAUACCACCAAUUUUGAUGACAUCUGCAAAAUUACUAACCAUGCCUUCAGUAUUGUCAUCUAAAUCAUUUACAUAAAAAACAAACAAAAGUGGACCCAGCACCGAUUGGGGCGGAACAUCAUUGGUAACUUGCAUCCAGUCUAAUAAGCAACUGUCCACCACCUCUCCAUCUCCUGCUGUUAUGCCAAUUUUACAUUCAAUUGGCACGCUCAACCUGAAUCCCAUGUAAUCUAAUCUUGCUAUUUAGUCUACCAUGCAGAAACUUGUAAAAGGCUUUACCAAACUUCAAGUCAAUAAUGUUUACCAAUGUGCCCUCAAUCAUCUUGGAUACUCCCUCAAAAAUCUCAACUCAACUUUGGGAAAUAUAAUUUCCUUCUACAAGACAAUCCUGACAAUUCCUAAUUAUUCCUUGCCCUCUCCUACCACUCCUCCCCAAAACCGUACAUUUGAAUCCUAUCUUUCAGAAUCACCUCCAACAAUGUACCCAUCACACAAGUCAGACUCACAGGUCUAUACUUCCCAGGCUUCUCUUUACACCCCUUUCUAAAAUAAUGGCAAAAUAUUACCCAAUAUCCGAUCAUCCAGCACCUCACCAUAGUUACAGAUGAAACAAAUAUUUCUGCAAGGGGCACCACAAUAUCCUCCUCAACCUUGCACAAUGUCCUGGGAUACACUCGAUCAGGUCUCUGAGAUUAUCCAACUUUGUUUUCAAAUAUCUCCAGCAUUUCCUCUUCUGUAAUGUGAACACUUUUCAAAACAUCAAUAUUCAUUUUCCUGCAUUUGCCUGCUUCCCAGUGAAGACUGAUGUGAAAAUUCAUUUUCUCCCUCGCAUCUUCUGAAAUUCAAACAGAACUGCAGAGGUGAACUGGAUCUGCUGGUAACAAAAUGGCCCAUGUCUGCUCCCACAAAAUGGCUGACAAAUGUCUACCCUUAGUACAUUGUCAUGAAUGGCUGUGAGUAAUCUAUUUUAUCCAGGGAAAAUCAGGGUACUUCUGAAAACUGACUAACUUUCACACAGGCACAAAUGUUUUGGUUCCAUGUAUCUAUGCUGGAAGUCUUUGAAAACAACCUAAGCCUAACUAACCAGAACAGAAUGCAUUCUUACAAAUCUUAUAGCAACUAGUUAAAACUAAAUGUCUUUUUUUUAACACACAUAAUUAGGACAAUGGGAAAUAUAAGAGGAAAAACAGAAUUUCAUAAAGAAAGCACAUGAGAUACAAUGAAUAACAGAAUUCAAACUGACUCACAGAUGAGGCCUGAAGGAGUUUAGCAAUUAACUUUGGAAUGUGAAUGAGGAGGAUGAAUAGAAAGAUGG